AGCCGGAGAAGAGAAGGCGCGAUCACGGGGAAUCGCGAUCAGUCUGAAAAAGUCGGCGCGCGAGGCACUGGCACAGCUACCUUUGCUUCAGUGCGCACGCAACCGAAUCCGGUGCGCUACGGCCGCUUGACGCAUCGCGAGGCGUGCUCCAAGUCGAAAAGCCGAGACGAGUCGGAAACCGCGCGAUGUUGGAACGAAACAAAUAUUCGGACUGAUAGAGCGUAUCGCGAAAAAGAUAUUCGCGAAGCGAUACAAUAGAGUACAAGUCUCUACAAAGUGCGAGUUCAUGUGGUGCCCCAGCAAGACUGAUGUGAAAUCCGCGGAUGAAACAUCAAGGAUAGAAAAGGCGAUGUACUGCGCUUCGAGAAGCCCAUCAAGAUUAAUACAGACAGAUUUAUAUUGAUAAACGUGGAGGAUACUCGGCGACUCAAUCUCGAUCUGCAAAGAUCGAUGACAUUUGUUCGGACGAAGGGAUUAGGACGAGUCUUCAUCCCCCUUUCCACAAAGUAAUUAAUCGUGCCACCUAUAUUCAAUUGAUUUGGAGCAUAAAAGCCAAGCAACGCACGGGAUGAAGCGUCGCGGAUAAGAUCCAUGCGGCGACUGGAUCAUCUGUGCGAUGACAGAUUACAUCAUCAUGUGUGCGAGUCGCGGGAAACAGCGUUCGAUAUCUCGAUAUCCGUCCACUCGUUCGUUUUCUGGAUAGGCACGAAACGGAACGGGCAUUAACCAGGUGCGGGGACUGGAUCGGCUCGCUUUAUUCCUUUUUUCCCUUUUUUUUUCUUCCUUCUCCCUCUUUCUUUCUUCAUGGCCGACAAUGGCCGGGUAAAAUAGACACUCUUCAUCUUAUUCGGGUACGGACGAGGAACAAUGCGUGCGUAAAAAUUGGACAUCUGCGCGUCUAUUGCUUCGACGCGCAAAGCCGUUGUGUGCCAGCUCUCUGUUAAUCAACUCUGUUAAUCAGUGUGUAUCAAGAUUUACCCUACAUAUCACCGGUCGGCGGAUACGAUCCGAGCCGCUGCACCGUCGCAAAAUCUCCUAUUGUUGUGAAUAAAGAAUUAUCGUGAUUCGAGAAACAAACGGUAUGUACACUACAGUAUACACGACAAGGAUAUGUGUACCUAUACGGACAAACAACAUCACGUUUUUCUAGGGCGAAGCCCAGUCGCCUGGUUCCCCCCUUUAACCACGGGGGGGUUUUGCAGUUCGUAUAUACUGUUACACCGAUCAAAAAGGUACGGAAUCGACCAAAGCUUACUGAACCUGGCAAAACCGUAAUAAGGAAGACAUGAAACGACGUGUGCACGUCACACGCAUCUUAUGACGUAAAGGAAAGAAGAGAGAAGAUGUGCAUUUUUAUCAUAAAGGCGAUAUGAUUUAGUCCUGCAUGUCCUUAUAAAACUGCUCGGACGACAAGAUGACGCGAAGAGAGCUCUUGUUGCUACUCGGCCUGGUCCUGCUGAAAGAAUCGUCCGGUGUCGAAAGGGACGCGAAGAACGAGGCUACCGGCCAACGGCCACAUCACAGACAAAAGAGGGUCCUUUGGUUCACGAAUGACGGACGAAUCGCGCUGCCGCCUGGAACAAUCAUGACGAUCACGCCAACGUUAGCGUUGCCCUUCGUCAGGCAUCCACCUUACGGUUUCCUCAGCAAUAUGACCAUCAGUCUGCCGUUCACGAUCGACUUCGACAAGCUGGGCUUGACGGACAACGAAAAUCCGUAUGGUGCCUUGCCGCCUAACUUUGACAGGAAGCUAAAGAGCCGACAGGCCGGCAUGAUGAUGGCGGAUUUUAUUGCAGCCUUCAUCAAACGUAGAUUGCACAAGCGGGACACGGCAGAGGUGCCGAAAAACGCGUUCCAUGGCGGAGAACGGGCCUUACUUUAUGGCACUGCCGAAGAUAUGCUGAGCGCUUUGGGAAUGAAUGGAAAAGCGUGUUUGUUGAGGGCGAUUUGCGAGGUCCAGGGACACCAUCUCAAUAACUUUGGCCUGAUCGGCGAGAUGCUAAAGUUGUUCUUCACUGCCAGUCGAUCGCCGUUUGCGAAUCUCCUCAAGGAAUAUGUCGAGGCGGAAAAUCGCGGGAAAUUUCACGGCGAGUGCUGGCCUUACUUUAAGGAUUGCCCGAAAUCCUUAUUUCUACCCUCCACCAAUAAAUAUCAGGAAGAUUCGAAGCACGACGAAGAGGAUGAAGAGGACGAGCAUUGGAAUCAAAUUUCGAGUGAACUCGAUGAAGAACCUCUCACGAGGAUAUCGGAACAAUUACAUGCAAUGUAAUUGCAAUUAUAUAAUUAUAAUUUUACACUAGAUAAUUCAUGUCUAAAGAGAAAAAAAAAAGAAACGCGCACUUAGACUUCUUCUCUCGAACACAGAGAAUUCUCUGACAUUUCUCUGACAAAUGAUUUCCAUAUAAGUAAAGUAAAAACCUUGUCCAAAGAGUAAGGAGAAGUUGACUUCCUUCGUAGACUUCAUGUUGUUAGUGAAGAAUAUUACAAUUUCCUUUCGCGUCGAAUAUAAGCAUUCAACUCGGGAUUUUUUAAAUAAGAAAAUAUCCUUUAAACAUAGACUCGGGAAUUAACGCUAUAGAUACGCGGGAUUAUAACAAAUAUUUCGCGGAAUGCAUGUAAAACUUAUAUAGAUUCUUUAAGAAAAAGCUCAUAAAUAAAUAAUAAGUAAUAAAUAAUAAAUAAUGUUAAUACGAGAUUAGAUUACCAUUAUUGUACAGCUACAACACCGUGAUAGGUCAAGUUCUCGGCCGAGAUAUCGCAUACUAUAUAGGUAUAAUACUAUAUACCUGUGUAACAUCCGAAUACGAGAAACUGCCAAAAGUUUGGCUAGUCGUUGACAGUGUAAAACGAAAUCGAGGUUUUAUUAACUUAUUUGUACAGUAUGAAAAUAUUUUUAUCGACUUACUAAUUAUAUUUAAUUAAUUGUGCGUGUAUGUAUACGAUGCGAUUUGUAAUAUGACUAUAGAGACACAGACGGUAUCAGUCAGUAUUGCGCAAUCAUGUGUAAUUAUACAGAGUGAGUAAAGUUAAAUAACU